AGAACACAGGACAAGUGGUUGCAGUGAAAGUGUUCCAUGACUACAUCACACAGAAGGCAGAUGACAUCAGGGAGCUGGAGCUUCUGCAACAGUUGAAGCAUGAAAACAUCAUCAGACUGAUCACAAUAGAAAAAAUUGUAAGUUUUGUUUUAAUUGUAAGUUAUCCGGCUGCUGUGAAAACAGAAUGGGGAAAGCUUGAGAAAAGACCAAACAGCACAAAAAAAGGGACACUUGUCCCAAGAGAACACAUGUCCAGUCCUCCAAGUAUUGCACUUUGCUCUGUAUAUAUUUGAAGUCUCAUUACUUUGAAAUUAAAAAUAAUGUGUUUGAUCUUUUUAAAAUAAUCGCUCAUGUUCCACCCUCCCACCCCCAAAACAAAAAAUCCAAGACCAAGAGAAAAAUGUUCACAUUUUCUAUUAUUUUCCCCAUAGGAUUCACAAAUUGCUUUCUUGUGUCUCCAUAUUAACAGAUGCUGAUGAUACAUGGGAACUCAAUUUUUCUUUAAUAUCUUGUAAUUUUCUACGGCUUUAUUUAGUGGAUUCAUGCCAUUUCCUUAUAGGCCUUAAACAAAUUAAAUCCAUUCCCCCCCCCCCCCCUUGUAAUAAAGAUUUGUAGAGGUGGCGUCAUUUUAUGUUAAACCAUCAACUACUUGUGUGUUGAAAUGGAAGACCAGGAUUCACGGAGCGGGGUGGAAAUUAUUUUAUAUAAAUGUAUAUAAAAUUGAUGCUGUAAAGACAGGUGGCGUGAUAGCCUCUAUCAUGCACCUGCGGGUGCCCCCCCGCCCUCCCCCAGUGAGUUUAACAUAUUCCCAAUUUCACCUGACUGUAACUUAAUAAAGCAACAAUUUUUGAAUAAAAAUAUUUGUAUAAAUCACCAGGGAAAUCAAUUCAUUUAUUUUUUUGUUCCUCUAUUGGUUUUUUUGUUCUUCCUACAGCAAUCAACACUAAAAAAUGUCUUGGUCAUGGAAUACUGUGAGGGGGGCUCACUCCACCACAUGUUAGACCAACCUCCUUACUACUACGGCUUGUCAGAGGAAGAGUUUUUGUUAGUCCUCAGUCAUGUUGGUGAGUACCCAUAGCUCUGUGCACAUGUAGAGCGAUGUUGGUGAGUACCCAUAGCUCCGUGCACAUGUAGAGCGAUGUUGGUGAGUACUCAUAGCUCUAUGCACAUGUAGAGCGCGUUGAAAUGUGUCACUUGUAUUUUCAGUUCAAUUUAAGUCAGAUGAAGUCAGACAUACAUAAAUGUUGUAUUGGUGGCAAUAAGUUCCCCAAUUUUUCUCAGCAGUGGAUUUUAUCCAAUUUUCAGAGGAAUUCUCACUUUAUACAAUCAAACCGUUGAUCUAAAAUCUUGAGGCGUGUAUAUGUGUCUAAAAUCUUGAGGCGUGUAUAUGUGUCUAAAAUCUUGAGGCGUGUAUAUGUGUCUAAAAUCUUGAGGCGUGUAUGUGUCUAAAAUCUUGAGGCGUGUAUAUGUGUCUAAAAUCUUGAGGCGUGUAUAUGUGUCUAAAAUCUUGAGGCGUGUAUAUGUGUCUAAAAUCUUGAGGCGUGUAUAUGUGUCUAAAAUCUUGAGGCGUGUAUAUGUGCAUGGCUAUUUUGAUAUUUCAAUGUACUCAUAAAAAGAUGUAACCUAAAAAGGGGGUUGGAAAUUGCAUUUGCAAUUGAUUCACAACUAGGCACGGAUUCAAAGGUGAGGGGCUAAAUGUCACGCGCUCAUCUCUGUUGUCUUCCCAAAUGUUUAAAAUAUUAACCUUACAAAAGAACAGUUUUAAAGAAUCAUUUCUAUGCUCGGAUUCACUACUGGCUUCCAUUAAAAAUAUUUAAAAAAGUAGAAUUUACAAGCAUCAUAACUGGGUUUAAACAAAAAUUUAAAGGUUUCAGAAUGAGUUUAAUGGACCAUUGUAGUCAUUGCAGUAAAGUGGUCAUUUGUAUUUCCAGUGCAAUGAAGUGCAAUCAACUUUAUUAUAGUUUGAGACCAUUUAAAAUUAUGACUACUUUCAUUUUGUACAUUUGUUUUAAGUUACAUUAGAUAUUUUUUGUCAAUAAAAAUAAAGUAAGACAUUAGAAAUCUCCCUAAACAAUCAUAUUACGGAGUCACAGUUUGCUUGCAGCUACAUGUUUCAUUUUGCUUAUUUAAAACUUCUUUUCACACAAUAAAAUGUAUUUUUCUGCAUUUAUUAGUCUUCAUCCGACCCAAGUGAUCUUUGUGUAAGACAAAGAAAAAGUUUGUGCAUUUUUUAAAAUCUUCAGACAAGUAUUUUUGUGCCAUUAAUUUUCUUUUAACAUAAUGCCAACUUUCUGUUGCAGCCAAGGGAAUACAGUACUUGCGACAAAUUAAUGUCAUUCACAGGGACAUCAAGCCAGGAAACAUAAUGAGGUAAUUUUUCAAUAACACUGAACUGCUUUGGAUUACUGUGCAACCAAUUUUCUAUUACUUUUUUUUAAAGUGUUGCUACAUACAUAUAUAUAGAUAUGGAAAUAUUUCCCCCAAAUUGUUUAUUAUAAAUGUACAUUUCAGGUUUAUCACACACACCGGUCAGUCCGUAUACAAGCUUACUGACUUUGGUGCGGCCAGGAAUUUAAAUGAAGAUGAAAGCUUUCAAUCUCUUUAUGGAACAGAGGAGUAUUUGGUAACUAUCUCUAAUAUUCUUAGUUACCAGAAAUAACCCGUCAAACAAUGGCGGUGGCAACAAGAGCCUCCCAUCUACUAAUGUUACUAGACAAAACAUGCAUUCAAGUAACACAUUUUAUAAGAAUCCCAAUAAUUAGUACUAACUUCUCGGCAUUGUAUUUCGUGGGCCUAUUGAACACAGUGUUACAUCCUUGCAAUGUACCUUGGGAACCACUAUUUGUGAUAACUAGAGGUUAAAAAAAAUAAUUGUAAAGCUUGUUAUUGGUGUGGUUAAUUUUAACCCUAUUAUCUGAAACCCCACAUCUGAACCAAGUAUAUUUUAUUUGCUUAUUCAUGGGACAACACCCAGCAACGUCAAGCCUUGCAGAUGUUCUUGUCAGGAUCAUUCUAAUUAAAUACUAAAAAUCCCCUUCCAAAUAAUGAAAGCAUGACAACAGCAAUGGGCAUGUUUUUGUAGGUCAGCAUCCUGUUCAACACGUGUGGGCUGUUCUAAGUAUUGGCCCACUGCCAAUUGGAUUAGACAAGACAUUGUCCAUGUCUGGAAUACAUUAAUGACAGUCACAGAUUUCAAGACUGGCCUUGCUAUUCGUGAAUUAAAAACAAACAAAAAAAAUGCUCUUAUUAUUUUGGAACUCAUGCCCGACAAUUUUUUAAUGAGACACACACAAUUUGUGUCAAUAAAACAAGGCAUGUUAAGCUUUAAUUAUGGUUACUCAAAAUACAUAUUAAAACAUUUCAGCAAAUUCCUUCGUCAGUUUGAAAAUAAAAAUUCAUUCUUACAUGUAUAAAUUAAAUUGAGAAAUUAAAGAAGAAAGACAUUUGUCAUUGAGUACGUAACUGGCCUGCUUUUUUAAAAUUAAUUUUAGGAUCUACACUCUGUCCUCUCAGAAGUUCUUUUAAAAAUGUGAAAGUUUUUCAGCAAGCCAGUAAACGUGAAAGUUUUUCAGCAAGCCAGUAAAACAUGAGAGCACCUGUGCCAUAAAAUGUUAUAUUUCCGUUGGCUAAAGAACAUUUGACAAAUUUAUUUGGAAAUAAACAUCUCCAUGGUGUCCCCGAGAUCUCCCUGGUGUCCCCAAGAUCUCCUUGGUGUCCCCGAGAUCUCCUUGGUGUCCCCGAGAUCUCCUUGGUGUCCCCGAGAUCUCCUUGGUGUCCCCGAGAUCUCCUUGGUGUCCCCGAGAUCUCCUUGGUGUCCCCGAGAUCUCCCUGACCCAUGGCGAGAACUAUAGUGACUUUGCUGGGUUUUUUUUUAAAAUCAGAGUUAGCAACCUAAAACUACAAUUUGCCACAAACAAUUUGAUCAUUGAUGCUGAUAUGGAGAUUGACUUGGGUGGGUACCAUUAUAUUUUGCCACAUAACCCAGAGAUAGGUUCAAAUUUCUAAUGGGCUCAGCAAGACAACUAAAUCUUGGGGAGGAAUAAAACAAUGGCUUAUUGCAUAUUCCUUACACUAGUUACACACACCUAUAAAUAAACAGGUGUCAAAUGAAAGUAAGACUUUAAUUUAAAAGUAUGCCUUGAGCAGCCCAUGUAAUCUUUUCUGUGCCUACACCAAAUCUCACAAAUUGAGUCUCUACUCCAAUGUUUCAAAGCCAGUGCCUACCCCAAAGUCACAAAGCUAGUGCCUACUAAAAAUGUCACAAAGUUUAGUGCCUACUCCCAAUUUCAAAAAGUUAGUGCCUACUCCCAAUGUCACAUAGUUAGUGCCUACUCCCAAUGUCAUAAAGUUAGGGCCUACUCCAAUGUCACAAGUUAGUGCCUACUCCAGUGUCACAAAUUGAGUGUCUACUCCAAUGUUUCAAAGCCAGUGCCUACUCCCAAUGUCACAAAGUUAGUGCCUACUCCAAAUGUCAUAAAGUUAGUGCCUACUCCCAAUGUCACAAAGAUAGUGCCUACUCCAGUGUCACAAAGUUAGUGCCUACUCCCAAUGUUAUAAAGUUAGUGCCUUCUCUAAUGCCACAAAGCUAGUGCCUACUCCAAUGUCACAAAGUUAGUGUCCACUCCAAUGUCACAAAGUUAGGGCCUAAUCCCAAUGUUAUAAAGUUAGUGUCUACUCCCAAUGUCACAAAGUUAGUGCCUACUCCAGUGUCACAAAGUUAGUGCCUACUCCCAAUGUUAUAAAGUUAGUGCCUACUCCCAAUGUUAUAAAGUUAUGCCUACUCUAAUGUCACAAAGCUAGUGCCUACUCCAAUGUCACAAAGUUAGGUCCUACUCCAGUGUCACAAAGUUAGUGCCUACUCCCAAUGUUAUAAAGUUAGUGCCUUCUCCAGUGUCACAAAGCUAGUGCCUACUCCAGUGUCACAAAGUUAGUGCCUACUCCAAGUGUCACAAAGUCAGUGCCUACUCCCAAUUUCAAAAAGUUAGUGCCAACCCCCAGUGUCACAAAGUUAGUGCCUACUCCAAAUGUCAUAAAGUUAGGGCCUACUCCCAGUGUCACAAAGUUAGUGCCUACUCCCAAUGUCAUAAAGUUAAUGCCCUCUCCCAAUGUCACAAAGCUUGUGCACCAUGUCUUAGAGCUUAACUACAGUGGAAAAAAGAAAGCAGUAAAACGAUCCUUGCACUAACUGUCAAUGGUAAACUUGCUUAAAAAUUGAGGCCUGUCAGUUCUUGCUUCCUGUUUUGCGAUUGUAAAAAAAUCUUCUCAACUUGUUUUAACUAGCACUUGAAAUACAUUCACCAGCAAAAUGUCACCGCGUGCUUCUCAAGGUAUAUAAAAGAUAUGACAUCACUCUGCACGUACUAGGAUGCCUUACAUCGGUUAAAGUUUCAUGAAAUCUAUGAAUAGAUCAAUCUAAUCUGCUUCAACUGCAAGGUUAUUCCCCAUGGAUACAAUCAGACCAUUUGUUUUUAAAGUGUGUUGUCUCAAAUUGUACACAAAAGGCAUCUCUCCAAUCAGAAAAAUUUUGACUAGGUUUUUAAAGUUGCCCACACAUAUAUAUGCUCCCAACUUUGACCUUUGCAUUUUUUUCUAACUUAUAAAAUAUUCACACAAUAUUCUUUUGUUGUUGCAAUAAACUUGAUUCCUACAUCUAAAUAAAAUAUAAGUAUCAAGACAAUUUCAUAUGUUAAAAGGAAAAUGACAAAGAUUUUUGUUUCACAGAUGAAGCUGUCUUUAGAUUUUAUACUCUAGAUGAAAGCUCUGCAACCUUUGAUCAGAGCUCGGCAACCUCCGAUCAGAGCUCUGCAACCUCCGAUCAGAGCUCUGCAACCUCCGAUCAGAGCUCUGCAACCUUAGAUCAGAGCUCUACAACCUUAGAUCAGAGCUCUGCAACCUUAGAUCAGAGCUCUGCAACCUUAGAUCAGAGCUCUGCAACCUCCGACCAGAGCUCUGCAACCUUAGAUCAGAGCUCUGCAACCUUAGAUCAGAGCUCUGCAACCUUAGAUCAGAGCUCUGCAACCUUAGAUCGGAGCUCUGCAACCUUAGAUCGGAGCUCUGCAACCUUAGAUCGGAGCUCUGCAACCUUUCACUCGUGACACACCUCGUUCAGCACAAGAAAAAACAUGCAUAAAUACACAAAUUGAAUUUGUAGUAAACAUUCACAAUAGCGUCAUAAAAUCACAACAGUAAAUUGCUACCAUAUGAGCUGUCUGUACUGGACACAUUUCUGUUACAGGCCUGUUUACUCUUACGAUUUUGGGGUACAAUGUACGAUUUUGAGGUGUAUAGAUUGUAUAUACUGUAUGUUUAUUUUUUACUAUAAAUAUAACGUAUGUUAACGAUUUUGUGAUGAUAUUGUGCAAUUUUAAGAUUUUGAGGGUAAACAGGUCUGCUGUUAUAGCGGAAUUUGAUAGCUUGUCAACAAUGUCCCCUUUGUAGCCACACUGUGUGUUUAUGUAUCUACAUAUACUUUGUGCUUUUUCCUCCUCAUGGAGGCAUCUCUGUGCCCACCUGUGGUGGAACAGCUCUGCACUUGAUGAAAGUUGAUGUAAAUAGGAGUUUUAUUCCUGUAAUGUGGUUAUUUAUUUAUUUUGUCUGUUCCUAUCCAGCAUCCAGGGAUUUAUGAAAAGGCUGUGCUAAAACUUCCAACUAUUCAGAUGUUUGAUGCCAAAGUUGACCUCUGGUCAUUAGGAGUUACAUUCUUCCACACUGCCACCGGCCAGCUACCUUUCCAGCCUUACGGGGGUCGCAGUAACAAACAGACAAUGUAAGUCUGGCACAUUUCAUUGUCGUUUUUUCCCAUAACAUUGUCACCACAGAGACAUCAACAAACAAAAAAAUUGGUCUUAACACUUAAUAAACUAAAUAAAAAAUUUAUUGGCUGUAGCUAAUUAUCUUUUUUAUUAUCUCCAAUGGCAUUCUACAGCCAGAAAAAUUCUUCUGGUGGCUUACUGCUUCCUAUUCUUAACCUCAGUUUUAACAAAAUGCUCUUAUUGGUAUUCUAAAUCAUUACAAGAUAGUUUUCUGUUAUGUGAACAUGUUGCUACAUAGCCUAACUGAUUUUUUUUUUUUAAAUAUAUAUAUAUAUAUAUAUAUAUAUAUGUAAACAAAAGAAAGGAUUGAAUAGUUGGUAUCACACCAAUGUAAUUUUUUUUUAUGUGAACAUGUUGCUACAUAGCCUAACUGAUUUUUUUUUUUUAAAUAUAUAUAUAUAUAUAUAUAUAUAUAUAUGUAAACAAAAGAAAGGAUUGAAUAGUUGGUAUCACACCAAUGUACAUCACUUGUUACAAAGACAUUCACAGCAAUGUCCAACACUUGUUACAUAGAUGUUACCAGCUAUUUGCCUAAAGGGCUUAACUGAGGAGGGAUCACUUUGCAGUUUCAUUUAAAGCAUAUUGUUUCAAUUUUCUUGAGCAUUAUCAUCUGUUGCCCUUAUUUAGCAAAUGGUUUUCACACUCUGCCACCUAGGCUUUCACACUCUGCCACCUAGGCUUUCACACUCUGCCACCUAGGCUUUCACACUCUGCCACCUGGGCUUUCAUACUCUGCCACCUAGGCUUUCACACUCUGCCACCUAGCUUUCACACUCUUCCACCUGGGCUUUCACACUCUGCCCCCCUGGGCUUUCACACUCUGCCACCUAGGCUUUCACACUCUGCCACCUGGGCUUUCAUACUCUGCCCCCUAGGCUUUCACACUCUGCCACCUAGCUUUCACACUCUUCCACCUGGGCUUUCACACUCUGCCCCCCUGGGCUUUCACACUCUGCCACCUAGGCUUUCACACUCUGCCACAUAGGCUUUCACACUCUACCACCUAGGCUUUCACACUCUGCCCCCUGGGCUUUCACACUCUGCCUCCAGGGCUUUCACACUCUGCCACCUAGGCUUUCACACUCUGCCACAUCUUUCAAAAGCUGUCGAUCACAGUGUCAGCAUCUUUCACUCUGCCAUUUUUUCUCCUUGUCGUUCACUUUGAAGAUCUCUAGCAGUCAGGAUUGAUCAGUUAUGGCUACCGUUUUCUUUAGCCAAGGCUAUUUAAUUCGUUUGAUAAGUGUUGCAAUAAGAGAUUUACAUCUAUUUUUUAAAAUCAAAAAAUCAAAAACGGGGGUGGGGGGUGGUGUUGGUAUCUUUGAUCAUGAAUGGUAUUUUUUUACUAAUUACUUCUUGGGAAUUCCCCUUACUCUCCCCUUAAAAAUGAACAUCCUCUUUUGCAAAUUACCAGCUCAAAAAAAAAAAAAAAAUUUGACCUUCAGCAAUUGUCUUUGCCAAUAGGGAAAAUAAAAUUUUACAAAAGUGAAUUUGUUGUAAUGUUAAAUUGUAAGAGAAAUAGAAAAAAUUUUUACUAAUUACUUCUUGGGAAUUCCCAUUACUCUCCCCUUAAAAAUGAACAUCCUCUUUUGCAAAUUACCAGCUCAAAAAAAAAAAAAAAUUUGACCUUCAGCAAUUGUCUUUGCCAAUAGGGGAAAUAAAAUUUUACCAAAGUGAAUUUGUUGUAAUGAUAAAUUGUCAGAGAAAUAGAAAAAACCAACACAAAAUUGUCACCAGGAAAUGGGCUGCCAUGAAGAUCCGAUUCGUCUAAUAUGACUGAUAAUAUAUACAAGGGAGUUGAAGAUUUUAAAUCGUAUUUAGUGUUUGUUACAGGCAUAAGUAGGACUGUUAUUUUUUCUCAAGGGCUAAAAUCAGUACCUAACAAUCCAAAAUUGAGAACCCCAGCUCCAUAACUUGUAGCCAUUUCAUUUGCCUAAUUUCAUCAAAUUGAUGUGUGGUUUGUGACAUCAAUGUUUUAAUUGGCACUUUCUUUUUAAUAUGCUAACUGUACACAAGAUAGUUAUUUUUUUAUUUUUUUUAUGGUGCUUUCUAACUUUAAUUAUAUAUAUAAGCAUUUGAACUCAUAUUAAUUUUUUUUUUUAAUUUGCCUUGACCAAAUGAUGUCACACUGUUUUGGUUUUCAUUGAGCUAUAAAAAUAGACAACUGAGUUGGCAUACAUUCAAGUCACCUUUAAUUUAUUUUCUAAGAGAUUAUCAAUAGCCUGGGAAAUUUUUUUAAACCAUUGGGCUGUGAAGAGCUCAAUUGACUCCAUGACUCACAUGGCCUGUUUGCUGCCACCCAGUGGUUUUCUAUAACUUUGUUUAUGUGUCACUGACUGUAACAUUGGAUCCAUAUUUAUGUCUGCUAUAAAUAGACUGUGUUAACAGAUUUGUGAAGAAAAAGAUAUUAGUGCUAUCUAUAAAAGUAACUUAAAUAGGCCUUUUGGAAUGCAAAAUAAUUAUUAUUUCAACUAUUAACGUAACUUAAAAAUAGCUUCUUUUUUUUAAAAAUGAAUAGCCAAGAAAAUUAUAAAUGUCACCUAUAAGUGGAGGAAAACAACAGCUUUUUAAAUAGGUACCGUAUACAAUUGCAUAGUGCUGUAGUAGUAUAAUCUUUCAAUUAAAAUAACGCUCAUUUAUUUAAGCCAAAUACUUUCCAGUUGAUUAGUUACAUUUGUGUCAAAUUUGUGUAGAGAGUAGGCUGUUGAACCCAUGCAGCUUUAAUAUUUUAAAUAGCUUGUGAGGGUAAAGGAUUGUGUGGAGGUCUUUGAGAUUUUUUUUUUCCUUUAACAUUUUAUGUGCCAGAUUUAAUAUAGGAAUAUGUAAAUCCGAGUAACGUUGACCUUCAGUUUGUAAUGUUCUCAAAUAUAAAGGAUUGGUGGAGGUCUUUGAGAUUUUUUUUCUCCUUGAACAUUUUAUGUGCCAGAUUUAAUAUAGGAAUUUGUCAAUCUGAGUAACGUUGCCCUUCAGUUUGUGAUGUUCACCAAUAUAACAUUAGCUUUGCUUUGCAUCAUGUUACAAUGACUCUCUUAGUGCAGCCUCCAAUUUCAAACAAAGUAGCAGACAAACAAUGAAAGUUAUGUUUUUUUUUAUUAAGGCUCGAAUUAUUUUUGUUUAAUUAUCUUCUAAAAUAACUGUUUUUCUUCUAAAACUAUAAUUGAUUUAUUCAUAUAAAAAUGUAGAAUUAUUUGAAAAGAAAUUGUCGUCUUUUUAUUCGCAUUAAUAAAAUUCACAGAUUAGAGCUUGCAAAGAGUGAUUUUUUUUUACAUUUUUCUUUUUUAAUUUGCUUGCUAGUUAGGAUAACAAAUUUAAAAUGAGCACUGUACACAUUAUAAUCAUUGUUCAGUAUUGAAUUAGGUACUCAAACUUAAACCUUAAAACAAAAACCUAUAAAGAUUUCAUUCUUAACAGAUUGCUGUCAUUGUGCCAACAGGAUGUCUAGUCCUAUCUUUGACUCAAUCUUCACCAACACUUUCUUUAAUUAUUUUUACAUUUCCUUUUUUUUUUUUUCCUUUUGUUUUUUUUUGUUUUUUUCUCUCUAUUCAGAGUGAACAACAAUUGGUGCUUUCCUCUGUAUUUAGGAUCCAUCUGAGAGUGGGGAAAGCUUUUCAGCUGCACAAUACCUGAUAUACAAUUGACUUCCUUGAUGUGUAUUGUCAUUCUUUUACAAUUAUAGUCUUCUCAGAUCUGCUUACCUUCCUCUAAGACUUGGCACAUGAGAACAUUGUUAACUUUCACCACUGCUUUCUUAAUGAUUGUUGCCGUUUUCAAAUAAUAACACGCUGCCAUUGUCAUUGGUAUAGAAUAAACUGUACAGCUGAAUGAGACUAAUCUUAUUUCUCUUUGCUAGUGUAGGAAAGGGGUGUGUGGUCUGCCCCAGGCGGAAUGAAUUUUUUGUGAGUUUGGGUGUUUCUGUUAAAUAUUCUUGGCCGGCCCCAGGCGUCACUAACCCUGUGUCUCUUGAUACUUUUUUUUUUUUUUUUUUUUUUUUAAAAAAAAAAGAAAGAAAAAAAUUCAAACUACAGGUUUUUGUCUUAUUUUAUAAUGAGACAUUUAAAUAAAAAUUCCAGUGAUUUAACAUUUUUGUUCACUGUAAACAUUAAUUUGUAGACUUUUAGAGAUCACUGUGGUGCACCUUUGUCACCCGUCAGGUUCAUUAAGUUAUUUGUAAACACUGAAAGAUGCAUGACUGUCUCUUGUGUCUACUGUUGCCUCCUUUUUCCCAGGUUUGAAAUAAUCACGCAGAAGGAGAGUGGAGUUAUCUCUGGUAUCCAGAACUUUGAGCAUGGCCCCAUCCAAUGGAAACGAGACUUGCCGGAAACAUCCCCCUUGUCCAGGUGUGUGUCCAGUCAAACAGCUGAAGUCUUCAUCAUUAAAAAAUAUCAUUCUUUUAUCAAGUUAUUUUUUUAUGGCUGUAGCACCACAGGGAUGAAAAAAAGGGGGGGGGGGGAUUCAUUUAAAAGCAAUGUCAAAGUACUAGAGAACAAUUCCAUUUUUUUAAAUAAAGUCAAAUAGUAAUGUUUUUUUAUUAACAAUUUUUUUUUUUUAAAAAAAAAUAAUUUUUUUAUAAAGUUAUUUUUUUAUGGCUGUAGCACCAAAGGGAAAAAAAAAAGGGGGGGGGGGGGAUUCAUUUAAAAGCAAUGUCAAAGUACUAGAGAACAAUUCCAUUUUUUUAAAUAAAGUCAAAUAGUAAUGUUUUUUUAUGAACAAUUUUUUUUUUUUGUGUAAAACUCACUGGCACAAAACAUUUUGGAAAUAUUGAUGUUAUAUGUAGAGCUGUUUGGAUUGUGAAAAGUUGUUUCAAUUUUAAAUAAAUAUGGUUCGAAGAUGACUUGAGUAGUUUCAGUUAACCACCUUACUGUUCAUUGAGCCAGAUGAGACUGGUAGUUUGUAUAAUUAUUUUAAGUUUUUCAACAACAAAAAAUUAGUCCCCAUAAUCUGGAAUAUUGGUGGUCUGAACAUGAUCUAAGAAUCUACUCCUCAUUGUUAUGCUUUGAUCCAAUCUGUUUUGAUCGUACCACAUUUUCUAGUGGGAUAUAUGAUGUGCUGGACAGAGAUCGACUUUAUUUUUUAUUUCAUAUGGAUUUAAUCUUUUAUGUGUUUUGAAUUUAAUACUUUACUGACAAGGCAGUGGGUCUUAUCACAACAGUUGGGGGGGUGGGGGGGGGGGGGUUUGAUUCACGAAAUCAUGUCAGGAAAACUUUAAUUUGAAAACUAUCCAUGAACUUUUAACCUUUUUUUCUUAAAACCAUCUAUUUGAUGACAAGGCAGUGGGUCUUAUCACAACAGUUGGGGGGGUGGGGGGGGGGGGGUGUUUGGUUCACGAAAUCAUGUCAGGGCAACUUUAAUUUGAAAACUAUCCAUGACAUUUUAACCUUUUUUUCUUAAAACCAUCUAUUUGCAGUGGUCUGAAGUCAAUUGUUAUUCCUAUGCUAGCCGGCCUCAUGGAACCUGAUGCUGCCAAGAUGUUGACCUACGACAGUCUGUUUCGCAUGGUUCAAAACAUUGAGCAAAAAAUUACAGUGUGUGUGUUUUACUUCAACCGAUGUGAGAAUUUGAGAAUAUAUGCAGAUCGGACUACAACGUAAGGGCAAACAUUGAUAUGAACAUUAGAACCACUGAUGGGCCUUUGUAGAAAAUAGAACCACUGAUGGUCCCUUUUUAGAAAAGAAAUAAGUUGGGUUACCUGAAGCCUUUAAUAAACCUGAAUCACAAAUUUAUUUUAAUUUCUUAGCUGUCAUACAUUGUUUUAUUCUUCUUAACUGUAUUCAUCAUCAUCCCAAUUGUUUUAUUCUUCUUAACUGUAUUCAUCAUCAUCCCAAUUGUUUUAUUCUUCUUAACUGUAUUUAUCAUCAUCCCACUUUAUGGUCUUAGUUUUAAGGAAGUCAUUAAUAUUGUAUUGACUUUUCAAUGCUGUCGUGUUUCUAGUUUACCUGGGCUUCAGGACCAGAUAGCCUCACUGACUGACAUUGCGGCACGUGACCAGAUUUUACUGGUCGGCGGCAAGUGCUUGGGGGACAUCAUCGACCCCAAAAGUCAACUCAAGGAUUAUCCCCCCCACCUCCUGCAUGACAGCAUCUACUUGUUUCAGAAAGAAAUGAGUGAAAAUGUGCGCCUUCCGAAACCUGAAAUUCGUGAGUUGCAUGAUACGUACUUGAUAGUUGCAGUAGCGUUUUGUUGUUUUUUUUCAUUGAAAUUUCUUUAUGAACAAAUUAUUUUGUUUUACUUUAUAGUAUUGGGCAUUCAAAAAGAAAUUUGAUGCAAAAUUUUAAUGUGUUAACUGGAAAAAAAGAUUCAGCCAAUGUUCCAUUCCAUCAAGUUUCCGAGGGCGAAAUUUCGUUCAAACAUUUUCCGGUAACCGCAUACUCCAUUCAGUUUUUUGUUUUUUUAAUUUCUAAGGCUUUAAAAACUCUUGAAUCCUUUUGUUCCCUAGUAAAUAAAGUAUGGUAAAAAAAAAUAUUGCACAGAAUUUCCAUAUCUUGACAUAGAUACUUAUUUCAUUAAGAAGUUUUUGAAACACCAGUAUUCGGUUGAAGAAGAAUAAAGCAGUUUGCUGAAAGACAUUAAAAGCUUUGUUGUGUUGGGGUGUACCAACGCCCCACAUAUAAAGGCAAACCUUUUAUAGUUGGAGUUUUAGAAUUAGAGGGCAGGCACUUGAAUGCACCACUUUAAUGAAUAGCUUUUUCAAAAGGACAGAAUACAACUUAUGCAAGGGCAUACAUGCGGGUGCUUGCCAAUCUCUAGAACAUGAAAAAGAAUCCUGAGAACAUGGACAAAAGCAAGAACAUCAUUAAAAGUUUAAUUAUAAAUUGCACCCACUCGUUUUAAUCCAGCAUUCAUUUUUUUUUUUUUUGUGUGUGGACUUGUUAACACUUUCAAAAAUAAUCAUCAGUGUCUGUUUUGCACAGUUAUAUAUAUUUUUUUAAAUCUCCUGAACAGAAUAAACCCUUUUAGUUUUGACUCAAGGUGUUUUCAAAAGAUUAUGAAUGAAAAUGGAGCAAGUUCAGGGUCUUGUUUGAAAAGCUUCCUUUUUACUUUGAAAUGAUCUAUUCAAAGAUAUAACUAAAAUUUCAAAUCUUUUUUUUUUACCUGAGCACAUAACACAGACCAUGAAGAUAAAUAUGCUUUGCUUUUAACACAGUUGUCAACUUGUAUGCAUCUUGUGUUUUAGCUGCAUGAUUCAGAAAUCACUGAAAAUGAUUGGAGAGUAUGGAUAAUUCAUUGUAAAGGAUUAUGCACUGAAACCAAUCUUUACUUUCUCCAUCCUCUUUUCCUCUCUCCUUAAACAGUUUGCUCUAACGUCACCUAUGAACAUUCCUUUUCAGUGUGGGUGAUUUGUUUGACUUUAUCUUCCAUUUAUACUUUUGGAUUUAUAGCCAUAUUAGUAUUAGCCUUUUGGUUGCAUAUAACCUGUAUUGAUCAUUUCACCUUUGCAAAUGACAAAGUUUAAAUUUUUCUAUUUGUAUGCAACAUGCAUGGUUUAAUCUUCCCCUCUAUCAGGCUGUAAAUAAUUUUUGUAUCCAGUGGUGCACAGUGUUAUGUAUAUUAAUGCAGCAAUGAGUAAAGCUUCCUUCUUUCUAGUGCAAUUAACUAGAAAAUUUGGUGGAUAUAAGAACAACCUGAAUAUGGUUUGGGAACCUCUGUCUUACAAAACUUACAAAAGCAGCUUGGCACAGUGUUUCCUUUGAGGCAUUGAUUUACAUAGCCCUAAACUAUAUUUAUUUUUGUAGUAUUGAAAACUUGAACUAAUCAAACAAGGAAGUAAAUGAAAUAGAGUUUAAAUAUUCUUCUCUUUUUUUAAUGCAGGGGGUGAUAGGACUUUGAGUGUAGAUCUAUGCAAUGAAGACUUCUUUAUUUCAGUUUAUUUUUACUGAUUCCUUUUGAAAAGUUUAUGAUGGUUAAAAGAGAAAGGUUCAGUGCUGCAAGAAUAUUUAUUAUUGUAUUCCACAGCUACCCAACAGAUAUAAUAUUCCUAAUACAGUCUCUGUGUCCCUCUCUGACUUGCUAAGUUGUCAUAAGUUUUGUCAUCCUGUGUCCUCUGAGUUGAUAAGAAAUGAUAAGUUAUGUUAUCCUCUGUCCUUCUCUGAGUUGAUAAGUUUUGUCAAACUGUGUCUUUCUCUGAGUUAAGCAGUGAUAAGUUUUGUCAUCCUGUUUCCUUCACUGAGUUGAUAAGUUUUGUCUAUACAGACUAUGUCUUACUCUCAUUUGAGAAGUUUUGAUAAAUUUAGUCUGUAUAUUGUAUGUUAUCUGAGUUGAUAAGUUUUGGCAAUACAUAAAUGUGUUGUUGUUUUUUUCCUCCGUAGCCCCCUUCCCAGACUUCAUCAUUUACUCGGACAUGGAUGCCGAUGCCAGACUGGCGCAUAGCUGUGCUGCUAGGGGCGAGCUCAUUAAAAGAUACGUGGAGAAAACUUGUGCGCAGCAGGAGAGCUUGGCUGGUGGCUUAUUCUGUUUUAGGUACCGGUAUUAUGUUGUUUCUGAAUUUUUCAAUCUGAACCCAUUGAAGUUGCUUUUUUUUUUUUUUUUUUUUUUAACAAUUUUUUUUGUAUUUUUGAAGAUUGAAACCUAUUGAAAACUAAAAACAUUUUUUUUUUUUAUUUAUUUAAGUUUUUUUUUUUUUUUAAUAAUUUUUUUUUUUUUUUUUUUAAUCUUUUUUUAUUUGAAAUAACAAUAUAUAAAUAAUAAUUUCAAAUGUGGCUGGUUUUUAUUUAAUAAUUGUCAGUGAAGAAAAUAUGUUUUAUUUUAGUCUCGAUUUCAAUUGUUUUUCCCCCCCCCCCCAUAUCUCCACAGGGUCUAUGUAGAGAGCCAACUGGAGGCAACCAAAGUAAGCCAGGCCUUCAUGAAGCAACUGAUGGAGGAGUGCAAGUUUCACUUUGAAACAUUCUUUGAUUUGAUCCAAAUUCUCAGGGAUUUCCUGACAGCCAGGCACAGAGGUCAUCCGGACAUUGAUCACCUGGAGGCCAUUCUUCAAGAUUCUGUCAUACGGCAGGUCCAUGCAAAGGUGGGAAAUAUUUGUUAACAUAUUGUUUUGUUUUUUUUCUUUUUUGUACCUUAGUCAUCUUCUAGAAUAGGUUUCAGCAACUUACCUAUCCGUUGCCUUUUCAUGUUGUACUAGCUAUCUCCCAGGUGAAGAAGAGAAAAUUUUAUUUUUACAUCUAGCUAGUGACAUUGAUCGUCUCAAUUAAGUUUAAUUUAUUUGAUCUGCAGGCCACUGAGCGUAUUGGUGAGAUAGAUCAGUACAGAGAGACUUUGGUCAAAAAGUUAGAGGACAUCAAGACGCACGCCCUCAAAUUAGUAGCUGUUUGUGUGGCUGAAAAUUGGUGAGAUAAGAUUGUACAUCUAAUUUUUUUGUAUUUUUUAAUAAAUAAGAAUAACGACUUUAAAAAUGUGACAUUCAAAAUAUAAAUUCAUGUUUUUUAAGUGUUUAUUAAUAUUCAGACAAGGUUCUAGUCACUCACGGAAUAUUUUCAAAAAAUGUUCUUAUGAUAUUCAGCCAAUUUCUUUCUCUAUUAUGGCUUAUUGAUUUCCCAAUUAUGGCAUGUAUAAUGAGUCUCAGGCAUCAGGAAUUUUUAUAUAUUAAAUAUCUGAAAUAUGGAUGAAUCAAUACCAGGGCCAUAGAUUUAAUCAAUAUUUGACUACGGAUGUAAUCAAUAUCAAGACUGUGGAUGUAAUCAAUAUCAGGACUAUGGAUGCAAUCAAUAUUAGGAAUAUGAAUGUAAUUGAUUCAAGAAUUAUAUAUGUAAUCAAUAUAAUAUCAGGACUAUGAGUGUAAUUAAUAUCAUGACUAGGGACGUCUCUUGUGUAAAGCACUAGAGUGUACAUAAUAUCAUGGCAAUGGAUGUCUCCUGUGUAAAUCACUCAGUGCUUAUUGUUGUGUGGCAGUUUCUUAAAGAUCAGUAACUACUGCAAUGUAGAACUAACCUAAAAAAAAUCUUUUAAGAUCAUUAACUACUGCAAUAUUGCACUGCACAAACAUUUACACAAACAGUUGAGGAACAUUACGGUUGAUUAAACAAAUUUCCCCUUUGUUUCAGUUACAAGAGAAUCCAGCACCAUAUGACCGUCAUAUUAGGAGUUCAGAGUCGGUUCAGGAGGGACAAAAAUGUUAAAACCCAAAUGGCUCUGCAUGAUGAAAAUAUUCAUGGAUUUGAGAGG